UCAAUACUGCUUCGUGAUUGGCUUAUUUAAAAUUGAACCGAAUCUUUGUUGAAGUAUAAACUAUUUUUUUAUGGGAAUUAUAUGUAAUAGAUAGAAUGGAUAAUUCUCAUUUUAUGGAUGCAUUGCAUUUAGAAAAUGAUUUAAAAUAUACAAAAUCUGUUCAUAAACGGCGCUCUUCUGUUUUUCAAAGUCGUACAAUUGCAUUUGACGAACAUGAAGAUAUACAGUGUGCAGAAGGUGCUAAAGAUGCUGACGAUAAUGAAAGAAUAAAAUGUGUAUCUGAAAUAUCGCAAGAAAAACCUUUUAAUUUAGAAAAAUAUAUAAUUAAUUUAAGAAAUGAAAGAAAAGAAUGGAUAAAUACAUUAAAGCAGAGAAAGAUACAACGAAAAAAUCUUGCAAAUCAAAAAUUACAUUUAGAGAAUCAAGGAAAAUCUUUAGAUUUUAAUAUUUUAGCAGAAUUUGAGAAAACUUUUGUUAGAGCUCAACCAAACUAUCAACAUAUUUAUAGAAAUUAUAAAGAAUUAUCAGAUAUGAUUAAAAAGAUAUCGACGUUGCGUAAUUUAACUUAUAAGUUAAAUCAAAGAUUUAUUUUGCAAAUGGAAAAAAGACUAAAUAAGGUUACAGACAAAAUUAUUGAGACAUCAAGGUCAUAACAAAUAUUGCACAUAUAUUAUAGAUAAAACAAUGUACAAUUAUUUUACUACAGUAGAUAUUAAAAUAAAUAUAAUUACAUAUGAAAUGAACAAAUAUUUGGUUAUAUACAAAAUAAAUAUAUACAUUACAUGUACAUAUAUUUACAUUCUAAGGAAAAAUAAAUAUCUAGUUAA